AUGCCGAAGAACAGAUCUCUGCGCAAGCUCCUGCUUGCGAGUAAAGGAUCCAUUAUUCAACCUCCUAAGUCAGCCUCGUCAAUCAAACAACGAAGCAAUGUUUCGCUCGCUUGCACUGAAUGUCAGAAAAAAAAGUCGAAGUGCUCCGGUACGAUACCCUGCACAAGAUGCAUUACCGAAAAGUGCGACUGUAUCUACAACCCACUAGGCGAUCGUAGAUCCAAGGCUUAUAUUGCUGAGCUUUUGGGUUUUCAUGCCGCUCUCUGCCGCAUAGUUACUACGCUUCGCUCGGGGAACUCUGAUGAGAUAUCUUGGUUGAUGUGGGAGAUGCAGAUUCAGCAGACAGAUCAAGAGGCAAUUCGCUACCUCACUGAAGGAUAUCAGAUGAAUCCCGUUCUGUAA